AACAAAAGGUCCAACAAAUAAAAAGAAAAUUAAAUUAAAAGAAAUUUCCCAGAAGGCGGCAGUGCUGGCAGGCGGUAAAUCAGCAAAAGCAGUGUCAAACGCAGAAAUUUAUAAGUACAAGUGGUAACACUAAAAAAAAACAGCUUCCAAAUGAAGACUAUGUCGCGCUUUGGCCUGCGCCGAGGCUUCAAAUUCUCCGAGGAGCAGCAGCAGGUCAAUGGGAACAGCAACAACAACAAUAAUAAUAAUAACAACAACAACAACAGCAGCAGCAGCCAGAGCAGCCCAAUUGGACCAACCACACAAAAGCUGGCAACGCCGCCACGCAAAAAGCGCAAUCACAGUCUACCCAGAGAACAACAACAACAAACACAACAGCCGGAACACCAAUUGGAACUGAUUGAUGUUGAACUGGAGCUGGACAGGCAACAACAGCAGCCACCUUCACUCGUCUGCAGUGUGCCGCUGGAGCGUUUGCCGCGUUUCGUCGAAAAGCUGCAGCUGCUGCAACAGCAACAGCAGCGCGAACUCGAUGAAUAUUCAGCAACAGCUUUUAUCAAAGUUUUGUGCUUGUACUGUGAUAAGAAGUUCGCGUCCAGUAAGCUGCAGGCAAAGCAUGUGGACAAGUUCCAUACGGAGCGCAAGGAGCGACGCUGCAGCAAUCGCUCCACAAAUAACAACAACAGCAGCAGCAAUAACAACAGCAACAGCACCACCAACAGCAGCAGCAACAGUCACUUUCCUGGCUGCCAGUAUUGCAGUAGCAGCAGCAAUAGCAGCAACAGCAGCCACAGCAGCAACAGCAGUACCAGUAGCAAAGCCUCCAAGCCUCAGGCAAUAAUGCCGCCAGUCUCGCUGCCCGCCAAGCAGCUGCAGCAGCUAUUUGCCCAUUUCAUUGCAGGGCAUGCGGACAAGUAUUUUGGCUGCGAACCGUGUCAGCUGCGCUUCAACGAUGCUCCCCAACUUCACAGCCAUAUGCGUCUGACGCAUCAGCAGCAGUUGCCGUCGACGUUGCCACAGCAGCAGCAGCAACGACAAAAACCUCAGCCACAGCAACAGCAGGCGGCAAUGAUUGGCGCCGAGGAGCCGGUGCUGUUUCGUUUAGGUCUCACACAGAAUCGUUUGCCCGGCCAGCGGCAGCGAAAUCGCAGCGCACGCCAGCAACAGCAGCAGCAGCAGCGGGACGACAGUGGCAAUGUAUCGACGCCAAAGCAGCAGCGUAGCAGCAGUCGUGCUGCACAGCGUCAAGCAGCUGCUCAACAACAACAUCCACAACAACAGCGGCAACAGCAGACUGUUGCUGUCUGUGUCGCUGCCACACAAGUCGAUGAUGCACUGUUCCGCAUGCCCAGCCAUAGUCAUGUCUUCGAUGACAAUUUUUACAAGGAUGUGGUGCUCAAUGUGCGCCACAAUUUAAAGCAUUUCCUCGACGGACGAUUGCGCAGCGGUCCAGCGCCGCCACAGCCGCUAAGCGAUGCAGACAGUCCGCCCUCCUCCGCCACCGCCGCCGCCAGCAGCAUGAAUCAAGUGUCGCUUGGCAGCACAUAUCCCACGCUGCUGACAGCCGAACAGUUUGGUGAUGUCUUUGGCAUGGGACUGGAGCAGCUGCAGCUGCCGUUGGCGAAGGUCGCGCGACGUCCGCACACGAAGCACAGCUGGAAAUGGAAAUGGGAUUAUGUGAAGAAAUUCACCGUCAUCAAUGAGGGCGGACGACUGGUCAAAAAGCUAAAGCAGCCAUUUAUGGGACUGCGCGAUCUGUCGCGCCUGGACAUGUGGACGCAGCUGACAAUGCGACAGAAGCAUGAUCUCGAGCAGGCACAGCAGCAACAUCAGCAGCAGCAACAACAACUGGCGCAGUAUCAUCAGCAACAGGAGUGCGAGCAGCGAUUGCAGCAGCUGCAUUUACUGCUCGAUCGUCGUCUGUUGCCGCACAUUAUGCUCGAACAGAACGAGCAGGCCAUUAUCAAGGAGGAGCAGCCGGAGCAGUUGGAGCAGCAACAAUUGCUAUCUCUACCGCUGCAGCAGCAGCAGCAUCAUCACCAUCAACAGUUGCUGCCCGCUGAUCUGUUGCCGCAAACAUUUGCCGAUCAAAGCUUUUUGACGCUGCUGCAGCUUCAACCGCGCAAUCGACAACAGCAACGCCAAACGACGACAACAACAACAGCAGUAGCAGCAGCAGCAACAACAGCAGCAGCAGCAACAACAACAACAAUGGUGCUAAGCGGCGAAUGGGCGCGUCCACGUUUAUAUUUAUGCAUUUGCUGUGGCGCCAAGUUUGAGCAGCGCAAAGCGCUCGAGGAGCACAAAACGUUUCGCCAUUCGCAUAUUUAUGCGACGCACUAUGAGCUGGUCGGACGUGAACUGCUCGCUGGCAACUUGUUGCGUCAUCUGUUUAUGCCCAAGCGGGCGCUCAGUCAUUAUGCAGCCGAACACCAGCAGCAACAGUUGCAGCAGCAGCAACAAUUGCAAUUGCAACUGCAUAAGCAGGAACGCACUGUUGUUGAGGAUGAGUCGAUAAGCAGCUCCUCGAAUUGUUCGGCUGUCUCCUCGACAUUUGGCCUGCUGACCAAUGUGGAUGGAUCGCCGUGCUUCACGGCGACAACAACGACAGCGGGUACAACAGCGACGAACAGCAGCAGUAAUCGCAGCAGCAGCAGCAACAGCAACAAUAAUUCAAUAGCAACAUCUGUGGAGGAUAACGAUAGCAGCGAUAUUAAAGCACAUCCACAGCAAUCUUCCUGCUCACCAGCCAGCCUCAGUCACAGCCAUAGCUCCAGCUAUAAUUCCAGCUCCACAAACAAUUCCAGCAGCUGCACAAAAUGUGGUCGCAAGUGCAGCGGCCUCAUGGAUCUCUAUCGCCACAUGUUGGACUGUUCGGGCGAUUAUGUUUGGUCGCUGGCCAAGAAGCGUAAAUAUCGUUAUUAUUGCGGCUCCAAGAAACGUCGCACCGCCUGCAAUAAGCCCGCCAAGCACUUUGCCCAGCUCCUGCGCAAGAAUAGCAAAAAGGUUAAGAAGCAGCAGCAACAGUCUGACGAACAGCAGCUUCCCAAUAACAACGACGCUUCCGAGGAGAGCGGCUCGUAUUGCUCCAACUCCAAUUCAAAUUCGACUUCCAAUAAGACUAAAACGCCGCCGCGUCAACGCCCCAGCGAUGCUGAAUCCAUACGUAAAAUGCUGGAGAAUUUGCCGGCGAAACGUGUUUGUAAAAAGAUCUUUCCGAUGGAUAAUAAGAAGCGCUCCAAGAAACAGGGCAAACCCAGUAAGAAGCAGUUGGUUCGCGGUGCCAAGAAGCUCUACAAUCAUCAUCAUCAUCAUCAUCACCACCACCACCAUCAUCAUCAUCAGCAUGCGCUGCGCAAUACGCGUUCGCGUCUGGUGCGUGCCAAGCCAGCAUCAGCAGCAUCGGUAUCAGCAGCAACAACAGCUGCUACUGAACAGCAAAAGCAACUCCAACGUCGCAAUCGUCGCAAGCAGCAGCAGCAACAACAUCAAUCAAAACUAUUGUCUAACAGCGACAACAAUUCAACAACAUCAGUUGCAACAACAACAACAAGAACAACAACAGCAACACCAACAAAAACCUUAAACACUGCCAGCACAGCUACAGCAGCGACAACUGUUGCACUUGUCGAUGUAGCAGCAACAACAACGACGACAACAACAACAACAACAAAUUUAGUCUCACCCACGCCCAGCAGCAAACAGCAGUUAAUGCCCACGCCGCCCACAACACCAGCACCAGCAGCAAUAACGCCCAUAACAACACCAGCAACGCCAUCAACACCAAUAGCAACAGUUGCUGUCAACAAACAGCAGCAGCCGGUUAAACGCAGUAAGCGCAUAAGCGACUGCAUUGCCAUGCUAACGGGAAAGCUGGAGGAGAAGCUCAAGACUGAACAACAGCCGACGGCGGAAAAGGAGCAAAUGUUGCCGGCAAUGUCAGAGCAACAGUUGCAUUUGCAGCUACAACCACAAACGCAGCAAAAGACGCCCAAGCGGAAAGCGAUCUCCCGACGCAUAAUAAAGCAGCAAAGUGAGACAGCAACAGCAGCGACAGUCGCAACAGGGCCAGCAGUGACAGCAGCAACAGUGCCAGUAGCAACAGUGCCAGCAGCAAAAGUGCCAGUAGCAAAAGUUCCAGCAGUAAAAGUUCAAGCUGCAACAGGGACAGCCGCAACAGUGCCAGUAGUAACAGUGCCAGCAGCAAUAGUGGCAGCAGCAACUGCCGCAGCAACAACAAAGACAAUAGCAGCGUCAACAGCAGCAACAGCAGUAGUUGCAAAAGUAACAAUGCCAGCAACACCAGUUGCAACAGCAGCAGUAACACCGGUCGCAGCAAUUGUUGCUAUUGAGCAACCGAAGCAGCCAGUGCAUGUUCUGCGCUUGCGCCAGUGCUGCCACCCCAGCGGCGCGCCACACCCACCAAGGCUGCUACAAAGCAGAUGGCUGCACCACAGCAACAGCAACAGUUGGCAGCAUUGCCGUUGCCAGUGCUACCGAUGGCACAGCCUAUGCUGCUGCCAGUGCCCAUGUCGAUGCCUGUUAAGCUGCCACCGCCGCUGCCGCCAGCAACUGCAACGCCAACUGCAGCAGCAACACCGGCAGCAACAGCUGCUGGCACGGCACCUGACAGCAGCAAUGCUGUUGCCAAAAUUGCCAUUGUAUAUGCCAGUGCCAGUGCCAGUGCCAGUUGUGCCCCCCAACUAUGUGAUGGAACCGUUAAAUCUCAGCCAUGUUCGGCAGACAGAUGCACACCAGCAAUACCAGCAACAUCUGCAACAACAACACCAGCAACAGCAGCAGCAGCAACAACAACAGCAACGCACAUCAGCAAUGCCCGCACGUCGUCAAACGAUUUGCGGCUUCGAAGCUCGCAAUUUGCUGCAAUUGGACGAAAUGCAACCACUGGAUUUAUCCAAGAAAACACAGCGCAAAUCCUCGCCAGUGCCACCAGCAGCAAUUGCAGGUGCUGCUGCUGCUGUUACUGCUGCUGUUGUUGUUCCUAAUGCACACAGUAAUCUAUCCGGCUGCCAGGAGCUACCGCUUGGUUUGGGCAUGCCGCUACCAUUGCCACUGCCGGCACAUUAUUAUUCCAACUUGGAAUUGCUGAAGAUACCGCAGGUGCGUAAUCCGGUGUUGCCAUUACCGGUGGCAGUGCCCGCAGUAACAGUGGUGUGCAUCUAUUUAUGGACACAUCACUUACGUACGCGUCCACAUGGGCGUCGACGCAAGCCGAUUACGAAACAGCUGCUGGAUGACUGCGGUAGAGAUUGGCAAUUGUUGCUGCUCCAACUGCUCCGGCUGCUCCUCCUUGAAAUGGCCUGCGCGUUAUUGUGCUGGUGCUGGGUUGUGGGCGGCGUGGGCAUUAACUGCUGUUUGUGGGCGUGGGUGAGACCAACCACCAAAGUGCCAGCAAAAAAACGAGCCACAGAGUUGGCCAGCAAAAAGGAGAAACCGUGUCCCACGCGAAUGGAUGAGGUGAUCAAUAAUCAUAUCGAUGAUGCCAUCAAUUCAGUCAUACUUGCUGUGCACGCCAGUCUGCCGCAGGACGAGGAGGAGGAGCUGCAACAGCAACAGCAGCUGCAGUUGCUCUUGCACAAACAACAACAACAGCAACAGCAGCAGCAACAACAGCAGCAGCAGCAACAGUUGCCGCCAACAACAGUUAUGCCCAACGCUGGCGUUUUGUUCAGCACAGCAGCAACAGUUGCCGCUGUGCCCGCCCGCAAUCCAGCACCAAAGAAGCGCAGCAUGCGCUCAAAAACCAUUGAUUGCCGUUCCGCACUGCUGCUACUGCCGACUGCUGUUGCCACUGCACAGACACCCACAGUGCCAUUAAUGUCAGCGAUGCAGUGCAUCCAAUUGCCAUCAAAUGGCCAACUAGUGCAGCUAGCUGCUGAGCAGCCGCCCCUGCCGUCGCCCAUUGCCACACCAAAAGUUGCCACGCCCGCACCCGAAGUGGAGGAGAAGCCCAGCAUGUGCCAGAGGCAAGUGUUGCUGGCAUCAGAAGUUCAAUUGCAGCCAGUAAUGACAACGACAGCAGCUGCAGCAGCAGUAGCAGAAGCAUUAGUUGUACCAACACCAGCAACCACAGCUGAAACAACAGUUGCAGUCUCGGCCGCUGCGAAGCCAGCAAUGGCUGUGUCUGUCAUCUCAGUGGCACCACCAACAGCACCAGCAACAACAACAACAUUACCAACAACAACAACAGCAACAACGAAAAGCAGAAGUGUCACGCCCAACUUGCUGCUGGAGGAGCACAGCUGCAAUAUGCACAACAACAACAACACAUCCUCUGGUUUUCAUAGUCUGGCGCCAGCAGCUGAAGUUGAACCCGAUCCGGAGCCCGAAUUGGUAACGGAAAAGGAGACGAAGCUCGAGUCCGAGCCGGAGACCGAAGCCAAGCCUAAACCUGAACUCGAAUCGCAGCCACAACUUGUGCGGGAACCGGAUCCGAAACCGGAUCCGGAACCAGAAGCGGAACCAACGCCGCCACCCAAAGAAGAUGUGAAAAAGAAGCAGAGGCGUCGACGCAAAAACGAACUGGCAGCAAUUGUUGCCGAUCAGCUGCUGGAGAGCUUCAAAAUCGACAACGCGCGACGCGACAAUUUGAAGAAGCUCGAGAACCUGGCAUAUGAGAAGAGCGAGGAUCUUUUGCUCACCGGCAUGUUGCUGAUGUCCAGCACAAAGCGAAAUGCAACGCUGCAGCAGCAACAGCAGCAUCCAGCAGUAGCAGCCGCAGCAACAGUUGCAGCCGUUGAGUCGAAGCGCAGCAAAGUCGAGUUCGAGCAGACGCCACCGGCUGCAACUGGGCGUGGUCGGCCCAAGCGACGGCAGAGUUGCUACUAUAAACGUGGACGUGGCAAGGCGACGCCUUUGGGUGCUGAGACGAAUAUUAGCGCGUUGAAAUCCUCACUUGAGUCCUUCUCCAUUGGCAUUGAGAAACAGCUGCUGGCCAAGGAGGCAGCCGCCGCAGCAGCAGCUAAAGCAGCAACGCCCACAGCCAGCUGCAUACUGCGCCCAAGCAUUCUGUGCACAGCAGCCAAGGAGCACCAGCAGCAGCAGAAGCAGCAGCAAAAGCAACAACAAAAGCAACAGCAAACGCCAAUCGCUGCCACAUAUAGCCGAGAUCCUCGACUUAACAAAAAUAUACACAAGGAAGAACAAAAUCAUCAGCAGCAGCAGCAACAGGAGCAGCCACAGCCUGGCGAGGAUCUGGAGGAGGAGGACAAUUAUUUAACGGAAAUUGCGAAAAAUGUCAACGACAAAAUCAUGUCGGCAAACAACGAGGACUUCGAGUUUGCGCACGAUGAAUUUGAUCAGGAUAAAUCCCAUGAUCCGGAUCAGGAUAAAUUCUAUCGUCCGCCCACAUCGAUGAGUGUGCGCAGUGCACCCAAUCUCAAUGAUGAAAACUCGAAUUUCGGCUCCGACGAUGAGAACACCAACACAGAGAUCAUGGACAUGGAUCUGGAUGAUGAGAUGAGUGUCUAUACUAGCUAUUCGCAGGAUUUAGGACGCACUGGUCGUGGACGACGGCGUCGGCGACGUCGCAGCGUUCUAUUGACGCGCCGUCCAAAGAAACGCAACACGCGCAGCAGCCAGCAGCUGGAAGAUGCCGAUAAGUUUGCAUGCCAGCUGUGCGGCAAGAGCUUCUUCACAUCCACCUCUUUAUCCAAACACAACAUGACGCUGGCGCACGUCUCCAAACUCUCCGAGCUGGAGUAUAUGCAAUCGAAGAGCAAUGCGCCGCCAAGUCCCCCACAGCAGCAGCAAGUGGAGGCAGUGGUGGCGCCACUGCAACAAACUCAACAACAACAGCAGCAGCUGCGUGCCUCAGUGCUCAUAUCGCCGGUUGUGCAUCCACAGACGAUAGUCAUCGGCGCGGCUUCCAGUCAUGUCAUUACCGAGGAGAGCCUGCGUCUUCAUGACACCCAGCAGCAGCAGCAGCAACGGCAGCAGCAACAGCAGCAGCAACAACAGCAGCAACAACAACAGCAGCAACAGCAACAACAGCAGCAACAACAACAGCAGCAGCAGCAACAACAACAUGCAAGCCAGCAUUCAAGUCCAAUUCACAGUGCCGCCCGCCUUAAUCUCAAUCCCGAUGAGCGUCUUUUCUACGAGUGCUGCAACAUUUUGAAGAGCGCCGAAACGCCUCGUCUACCCACGGCAACUGCCAUGCCCACAAUUGCCGUUGCGACGCCCUCUGUGAUUGUUAGCGCCGGUGUGCGCAAACCCUUGUCGGAGCUAACGAUUCCCGUUGCGACAACGGCUGAGCCUGCGUCACCCCCAACAUGUCGUCCUCCACGUCCACCGCCGCCGGCAUCGCCGUCUCCUUCGCCGUCGCCACCUCAAUCACCACUGCCAACAACAACAACAACAAUACCAACAGCAGCAGCAGCAACUCGUAUAGUUCCUGCAUCCUCCGCAUCAGCAACAACAGUUUCCCAUCAACCAGUCAUCCAGCAGCUGUUUCGUAAUCCGCCUGCGGCGACGCCCACGUCGACGCCUACGUAAUCGCAUCGUCUGUCGCCCAAUUACUCAAUGUCGCAAUUCUCAUCGAUGACAGCUACAAAUAUGACGCAGUCCCGAUUUAAGACCAAAGCCGCAAUGAAGGGCUACGAGACGAAUUUGGAGCUGGACAUGGAGCUGGCCAAGUCGGCAAAUCGUGCAGUGUGCAAGCUAACCGAAUUGGCGGACAUAGCGUUGGGUAGCGAGAAGCCGCCCGGCGUUAACUAUAGCCCCAAUCAGGUAUCGACACCUCUCUCACCAGUCGCUGUUGCCGCAACAGACCAUCAGCAGCAGCAGCAGCAACUGUUGCAGCAGUCGCAUCAGCAGCAGCAACAAUUACAGCCCGUGACAGCAACUGGUGUCGAACAGAGCUCCACAUCAUCCAAGACCAUUAUGCAUGGCUCCUCCAUUAUCAAGGCAACAGCGGCAACGGCGGCCGCCAGCAGUGCUACAUUGCCACCGGUCUCGGGUCGGAUUAUAAUACCGGAGCGGCCGUUUAAGAAUAUUGGACUGGAGGAGAAGGCGCCCAUUACGUUCCAGAAGCCGAAGGCAAGCGUUAAUCUGCUAACCGAUGAUAAUAGUGUAUCCACCGCAAGCUACUCGGAUCGCGAUGAUUAUGAUUUUGGCACGCUCAGCUGUGAGGAUGUCGAUGUGGAUGCGGAAACCGAUGCGGAUGCCGUUGCGGAGACGGUUAAGCUUGCCGAGCAGCAGCGCCAGCGGCAACAGUUGCAGCUGCAGCAGCAACAGCAGUUGAAACAAUCGUCUGGUGUCAUUGCGUGCUCAGCAGCCACAUCAUCCACAUCGAGCAGUUCCAGUUCCACCGCCUCCUCAACGCAGCAGAGCAGCAGUAGCAACUCCAGUCGGGCCACAGCAAAAACGUUUGAGAACAAAUCGCUAAUCAUGGGCCGCAUCUUCAAGUCAAAGGCAAAGGCAACAACAGCAGCAGCAGCAGCAGCAACAGCAGCAGCAGCAACAGUAACACCAGGAGCAAUAGCAACGCUUGGCGCUACUGGAGCAACUGGGACGCCGGUCAAGAGUGCUCCCAAGGAUAAAGCGCAGCUGGAUCAGCUCUUUGAUGAGCUGCGUGGUGCAACAGCCAAGCCACAACAGCCCGUUAUUGAGCUGGCGCCAAUAACAGCAACAGCACCAACACCCAAUUCGACUCCGGAUCCUUGGUUAGCUCCCGAUGUGCCAGCUUUGUCUGCGACGUCAGCGUCCGCUCCUGCAAUGAAAGCGACCGCUGCCACCAAAAAGAAGAUUACCACCAAAGCAGCAACAGCUGCUGCUGCUGGACCAGAUCGAAAGAAAACUGCCGCUGGCAGUGCGAAGGCGAAAAUCAAAACAACCGCACGCAAACCGACCAAAGAUCUCUCCAAACUGCAAUCGGAGCUGGGCAUGAGCACCGCCGAGAUUGAGCAGCUCAUCGACGAAGGUCAACGUAAAUCGAAGCGACGUUGCGCGACCAAUCGGCCCAAAAAACUGGUGGAAACGUGGAGCUCUGAUGAGUACGAGGAGUUCCUCUCCACCAAGGAUAUAAUAGCUUUAAUUGAGCAAAAGGAGCAGCAGGAGCAGCGUCGCAAGCGCAAAACCAGCGAGGCUGCCUCACAGCAGGAGUUGCUGCCAGAGCGACCGAAUCUCACGCAGCCAUUGAACAAUGCUAAGAGCAAAAGGAAUCGCAAGGCACACAAGGAUCAGGUGGAACAGCUGCAGCAGCAACAGGAACCACAGCCACCAGCGCCGGCACCGGCGCCGUCCAAACGCAGCAGACAGCUGCGCGCAGCAGUUGAUAUUCAAGUGGAGGCGCCGCCACCGCCCCCGCCACCGCCAACGAAAACGACGAAGGCGACGCGCGGCAAACCAGCAGCCAGGACAGCGAAAGCCACAAAGGCGACCAAAACGCCGGCUGCUGUAGGCAGAAAACGUGGCAAGCAGCUGGAAGAACUGCAACUGGAAGCCGAACCCGAACCCGAACCUGAGCCGGCAACAGCAACGAUCGUUGCUACAGCGGCGCCAACAGUGCAACAGCAGCGCCUGGAACGUUCUAGUCAACGCACGCGCAGCAGUCGUCAGCAACAACAGCAGCAGCAGCAACAGCAGCAGCGAGUGGUGGAGGCAAGCGCGGAGGUGGCGUCUGCGGAGCAGCAGCCAAGGGACAUGAAUCACUAUCAGGAGAGCCAUGAAAAGGCAGCGAGCAGCGUUAAUGUCAAGCAAAAGCCGCGCGGCAGCAGCAACAAUAAUGUUAAUAAAAUCAACAACAACAACAAUAGCAAUCGCGGCAGCAACAACAGCAGCAGCAGCAACAAAAAUUUGAAAACAAAACGCAAAUCGCAAUCGAAUCGACAAUCGCCGGCGCGCCGGAAGCGACCGGCGAGCGAGAAGCAGCUGUAUUAUUGGAGCAGCUCCAGCGAUGAUGAAUUCGGUCGCAUCAAUGUGGAUGCCGAGGCAGCGGAAGCGGAGGCGGGAACCCAGGCAGACGCCGCCGUUUCAGCCGUUGCCACAAAUGAGCCACAACAGCAACAACAACAACAGCAGCAACAACAACAGCAGCAGCAACUGUUGGCGCCGACGAAGCAUUUUGAUGACAGCGAACAAUAUCAGAAGCAUGGCUGGAUCGUUGGUGAUUCGCACAAGAAGCUGGUGAAGCUUUUGGCCAUUGCCAAGGGCAACAAGAAGGUGGACAAUUGCGGCGUUAAGCGGCGGACGCCCAAACGCAAGUGCUAGGGGAUGAGUGCUUGAGCAAUUGAUCGGUUGACACUUAAUGCAGUAGCACUGCCAACAUUUCGUGUGCGGUAUCAUUUCUCCGACGUCAAGGCUUAUUAUUGUGCAUUCGUGUAUAUUGAAGCAGACAAAACACGACAUAUAUUUUACUUUCUUUAAAAAGAGAAAAACAUUUAAGCGUUACAUUA